AUGGCCCUUGCUUGUCCGCUGGAAAAAAUUCACAGAGACGCAGUUGAUUAUCAGAAAGAUCAGGUUUAUACCUGGUAUCAAAGGACAGAUAAUAGACAGUACAGACCAAAUAAGAACAUACAAACACGCAGAUGGCGCUCAGACACGGAGGGAGAUACAUCCUCCUCUUCUGUUUCCUCAUCAUCAAGGACCACUUCUUUUAGAGAGGGAUACACGAUACGAAGACCAAUCAGGGGGGGGGUUAUAACAAGAGGCACGAUCGAGAGAAAGAAAGGGAGACCACCCUUAUCCAGACGCCGUCCCUGAUAUACAAUAUUUCAGGUAGGCAACUGACACAAGAAGAAGAAAACACCUUAAAUAAAGGACUUUCCUUUAUUCCCACUCUGAAAAUACACUGGCUUGAAUACGAUGUUAGUCUGUACAAAUGUUUUCAUCAAUUAAAAUUGCGGUCUUUUUUCUCCACAGAUACUAAAACCUCUGAUACAAUAGCCAGACAAGCUGGCCCAUUGAGAGACAUCAGUCCCUUGACCAUUACAUCACAGUCAUUUACUCGGGAAGAAGAGAACACAGACGUCACUUCUUCACAAUCAUCUCAGGGUGAACAGGAUCUGACACUUUCAUUGAACACAGGUCUGAAACCCAAGA